AUGUUACAUUUAAAAAACUUCGCCAAGGCUGUGUCACCGCCCCUAAAAAACACAAUUCAAAAUGAGGGAGUCAAUAGCAUCUUCAAAAUCGCGCCUGCUGCCGUGAACGUUUCUUGCAGAACAUACGCGAGCCAUGAAAUUCCAGACAGGCUCAAAGAUAUUCCAAACAGUGCUAACCCUCGAUUCUUUGACAUGGUUGAGUACUUCUUCCACAGGGCGUGCCAAGUUGUCGAAGACCAGCUCGUCGAAGACAUGAAGUCGAGAGUGCCUAUUGAAGAAAAAAAGAAGAGGGUAGCUGGUAUUCUAAACAUGAUGCAGCCUUGCGAUCACAUCCUUGAAAUUCAGUUUCCAUUGAGGCGCGAUUCUGGUGAUUAUGAAAUGAUUCAUGGAUACAGAGCUCAACAUUCCUCACACAGAACCCCAACUAAAGGAGGUAUAAGAUUCUCAACAGACGUUACAAGGGAUGAAGUUAAGGCUCUUUCUGCGUUGAUGACGUUCAAGUGUGCCUGUGUGGAUGUGCCAUUCGGUGGUGCCAAAGCUGGUAUCAAGAUCAACCCUAAAGAAUACUCUGAACAUGAACUGGAGAAGAUUACACGUCGUUUCACCUUGGAGCUCGCCAAGAAGGGCUUCAUCGGGCCUGGUGUGGAUGUACCAGCCCCCGACAUGGGAACAGGGGAACGUGAGAUGUCAUGGAUCGCUGACACAUAUGCCAAAACCAUUGGCUACAAAGACAUCAACGCACACGCAUGUGUUACCGGCAAGCCCAUCAACCAGGGUGGUAUCCACGGAAGAGUAUCUGCUACCGGCAGGGGAGUGUUCCACGGGCUCGAGAACUUCAUCAACGAAGCUAACUACAUGAGCAUGAUUGGAACGACCCCAGGUUGGGGCGGUAAGACAUUCAUUGUACAAGGUUUCGGUAACGUGGGUCUUCACACUUGCCGAUACCUCGUCCGUGCCGGGGCUACUUGCAUUGGUAUCAUAGAACAUGAUGGAGCCAUCCACAACCCAGAUGGUAUUGACCCCAAGGCUCUUGAAGACUACAGGAUCGAGAACGGAACAAUUGUGGGAUUCCCUGGUGCCAAACCAUACGAAGGCGAGAACAUGUUGUAUGAGAAAUGUGAUAUCCUCGUUCCAGCUGCUGUUGAGCAGGUCAUCCACAAGGAAAACGCCCACAAGAUCCAGGCUAAGAUAAUCGCUGAAGCCGCCAACGGACCGACCACCCCAGCGGCAGACAAGAUCUUGAUCGACCGCAACAUUUUGGUGAUCCCCGACCUCUACAUCAACGCCGGUGGUGUGACGGUCUCAUUCUUCGAGUGGCUGAAGAACCUCAACCACGUCUCAUACGGACGUCUCACAUUCAAAUACGAGAGGGAAUCCAACCACCAUCUCUUAGAAUCCGUACAAGAGUCGCUUGAACGUCGUUUCGGUCGCGUCGGAGGUCGUAUCCCGGUAACUCCCUCAGAAUCCUUCCAGAAGAGGAUCUCUGGUGCAUCUGAAAAGGACAUUGUACACUCGGGACUCGACUACACCAUGGAGAGAUCUGCCAGGGCCAUCAUGAAGACAGCCAUGAAGUUCAACCUAGGACUGGACCUGAGAACAGCAGCGUACGCCAACUCCAUAGAAAAGAUUGUCACAACGUACGCAGACGCCGGUCUCGCGUUCUAA